AUGGCUGUCAUUCUACUAGUUCUGCUCACUCUGGUGGGAGCUGUGGUCGCCAACCCAAUAGGUCCGGUUGGGAGCGAAUACAAGCGUGAUACACCCAACUAUCAUGCCGAUGCGGGUGUGCUCAAGCAUGUCAAUCCACGUAUCGGAACUUAUGGCACAUCGCCGAACGACAACGGGGGGAUGAUUCCAUCGGUCGCGCCACCUUUCAGCAUGACCCGCUGGACACCACAGACGCGGGAGAAUUUCAUCUCCCAGGUCCCCUACGGAGACGGUGAUCGCCAGAUACAUGGAUUCCAAGCAACGCACCAGCCGGCCAUUUGGAUGGGUGAGGCGGGUCAGGUGGUGUUGACCCCGGGCCUGGGAGACGUGCAACCGCUCUUCCAAAACCGAGGAUUGUCAUUUCGCAAGAAGGAUGAGCACAGCACGGCUUAUGUGUAUGAAGUCUUGGUCGACGCGACACAACUGAUGGACCAGGACUGGAAUGCCACAGCAGAGGCCGUCGGCGAUGGUCCUGUUCCGGGAGGUGCAGGUACGGUCCCAGACACCGUGGAAGAAGGUGCAAAUGGACGGACGCGAAAGCGCGAGAUACAACCGGAGCCACUGAGCAGCAAUGUCUCUGACGAAGGUGCUUACCGACGAUCAAUCCAGGCUGCUCUCUCUGCAGACUCUCACGUCGGACACCUUCGAUUUGAUUUUAAGCAACGCGGCGAAGUAUCCGACAGUCGAAGCCUUCAACCCUGGGUUUUCAUCGAAGUCUCUCGACGGAACUGGACGGGGGAGGUUCAUAUCGAUGCUGGGCGCAGAGAGAUAUGUGGGUACAAUACCGAGAGACAGGACUAUCUCCUCGGCCCUGACCGUGCAUCUUCUUUCAAGGGUUACUUUGUUUCCCGAUUCUCCGAACCUUUCGCGGAAGUUGGGGUCACCAACGGCAGCCAAAUCGUUCAGAAUGUGUGCAAACGACAUGGUAACUUCACAGGGGCCUAUGUCAAGUUCCAGCGGGAUGUGUCCCGCGUCGAAGUCCGGACUGGAGUGUCUUAUGUCAGUGUUGAACAAGCACGAAAGAACUUGGACAUUCAGAUACCGGACGACGCAACCUUUGAGAGCACAGUUGAAAAUGUGAAGCAGAAAUGGCUAGAGAAACUUGGCCGCAUAAGAAUUGAUGGGGUCAAUGAUACUGAUUCGGACCAAGAUCCUCGGACCAUUUGGUACACGGGUCUUUUCCACGCACUCCAGUAUCCUAGUGACUUUUCGGAACCGACCUCUAAGGAUAAGGAUGGCGCUCGCGUAUUUUAUUCGGGAUAUACGGAUCAGGUACACCGGCAAAAUGAUUCCUACUAUCAAUCAUGGUCCAUCUGGGACACGUACCGGGCAGAGCAUUCCAUUCUCGCCCUGUUCGCCCCGGAGCGAGUGAACAGUAUGAUGCGGUCCUUGCUCCGCAUCUUCGACUGGUCUGGGUGGUUGCCCAUGUGGGCUAACAUGGUAGAGACAAACAUCAUGAUUGCUACCAAUGCAGACGUGGUGCUCGCCAAUGCCCUGCAACGCGGGUUCCGUGGAUUUGACAUUGACAAGGCAUGGGCUGCCGUUCGAAAGGAUGCAUAUACUCCGCCAGAUCACGAUACGGAGCUUCUUUAUUACGAUCGAGAACCAGGCACUUCCUACGAAGCCCGAGCUGGACUCACUGCCUACAUGAAACAAGGCUGGGUGUCUAACGAUGGUUGGGCCGAGUCUGCGAGCCGUACACUGGACUAUGCAUUCAAUGACUAUGCAUGCUCCAUCGUUGGGAGUCACGCUAGAGCUGAUCAAGGAGUUAUCACGGCACUUCGGGACCGCAGUCGAAAUUACGCCAACCUCUGGAACAAUGAAACUCAGUUCAUGCAGGCUCGCAAUGGAAAUGGGACAUGGGCCAACAACACUUGGGGUUGGACAGAAGGUGACGAUUGGGUGUACACAUUUGAUGUGAUGCACGAUGUGGAGGGACUUGCGAAGCUCUUCGGUAGUCGAGAAUCUAUGCGUGACAAGCUGGAUGCGCAUUUCCAAGGAGGACACAAUGAACAGAGCAAUGAGCCGAGUCAUCACGUUCCUUACCUUUACUCGGUGCUCGGAUACCCCUCGCAAGCCGCGGAGGAAAUCCGAAAUAUCGCCUGGACGAACUACAACGCCACCAGUGGCGGGCUCAGUGGCAAUGAGGAUCUCGGUCAAAUGAGCGCUUGGUAUAUAUUCUCAGCUCUUGGCUUUUAUCCUGUCAAUCCUGCCAGCGACGAGUACGUGGUUGGCACGCCUUUCUUCGAGAAGAUAUCCAUCCGCCUGCCAUCCGAAGCAUCUACAGGAGGUGUUAUGACCAACCAGCCAGACAAGGUUCUCGUCAUUAGUGCCCCUGGUGCACCCACCAAGCCAUAUAUCAAAAGCUUGAAAGUUGAUGGGAACCAAGUAUCCGUGCCGAUUCUGCAGCAUAGUCAAAUUGUUCAUGCAACGGAGAUUGAGUUCGAGAUGAGCGAAGUCCCUACAUCGUGGGGCACGACGCCUUCAUGGUAA